AUGUCUUUUUCACCGUCAAAUUUUGGUCGAUAUGCUUCACAAACAGAAUGUUCUAUGGAUGAAUUAAAUGAUAUUAAUGAACAACCACAACAAUAUCUAACUAAUAAUAUUCCAUCACUUAUGUCAUUAUCAAUAACGCCACCAAUCAUAAAGAAAACUAUUCAAGAAAAACCACCAGUAUCUACAUCUGUUGUUAAAGAAAAUAUAGAACCGUUACCAUUUCCACAACAUGGAUUAGGUCCAAUACAGCGACCAAAUAAACUACCAUGUCCAGCAACUGCCCAAUCAUCAUCAUUUCGUACUGAUUCUACUCAAUCACCAAGUACACCGGAUGUACUCGUUCAAAUAAAUCGUCUUCUCGAUCAUUCAAAUAGUGUAACAACAACAGCAUCAACACCAAAUGUUCCUAUUUCAACAAAUUCAUCAACAAUAAUCAAUGAAAUUUCAACGCCCAAUGUCUCGUGGACACCAUUUUCACCAUCAGAAUGGUCAUCAAAAUAUGAUUCAUCAUGGUCAACAACAAAUCUUCAAAGUUCAAAUAUUUCUUUAACAAAACCAAUACAGAAUCCAUUUUUACAACAACAACAACAACAAAUAUCAAGUGAAGAAUCUUCGGUUUGGUCAUCAGCGUUAGGAACAACAACAGCGAAUUCGGCAUCAUCAAAUGCACGUACACAACGUACUUCCGAAUGGCAUGAACUUUUUUCUUCGAAUGUUCCUUCAUCAACUCAAAUACAAAAACCAACAAAUAAUUCUUGGUUAAAAUUUUUGCCAGUAUCUGAUCCAUCUCCAGUUGAUAGUAUAACAUCAAAUAGACAAGAAAAUGAAACAAAUAAUGCAUUUUGGAAUCUAAUUAAUCCUAAUGAGACACAACAAAAUUCAUCGGCAUCAUGGUGGCCUAAAACAUCAUCCGAUGGAAAUAAUAAUGAUAAUGAUCAAUCUCGAUGGGAUUUCGCUCGUUAA